CUCGGAUCCAUCGGUCACCCUCAUAAUACGCCAGUCAGACUUCCUGGGUGCUGCAAUCCUGCGAUAUCGACGUUAGUAUCGACAAAAAAACCCAUUCGAUAGGAACAAAUAUUUAUUAGAGUAAUGUAUUGUUAAUAGCCACUGGGGAGAUACGGUAUAGUUCUAGUUAAUUUUUUUCAAGACCGUGUGCUCGGUGAAGGCGUCGAGCGGUUGAUUGUGGCAAGGAAAUGGCAAUAAAUAAUGUAUUUUAAAAGCAUGCAGGAAGUUAAUCAUGUUGGAUAUACGUUCGAUGUAUUACCAACGCGGUUCCGUUGACGACGAGCAUGUCACGCGCGUGACGUUAUUAUCUCCAAUUCGGGUGACAAGAAAAAUUUUCGGCCAUUGUGCAAUAAUUCUGCACGGUAUGGGUACAACCUGCGGUAUGGGUCCGGGUAUAAACUACUAUGUAGAAUACACUACGGUAUGUCGCUGUAACAUCGAAAUACAAUGCUCCUACGGAUAUAACAUUUUAGGGGCAGAUGCACGCGUGUAAGCUCUCGGUAGGUCCAGUGAUCCGCAGCAGUGGUCCACGAAGAACGAAAGGCAAUGGAAAACCACGGGGCGAGAACAGUCCGAUCGAUCCGUUGAACCGUAGGUGUUGAAAGCAGCCGCAGGUGUCGGAGCCUAAAAGAAUCGUUAACGCGCGGAAGAAGACGAUGAACGAUGAGAAAAGCGAUCGAGACGAGAUGAAGAGGACGGAGGAUGAAGACGAAGGUAGGGAAAAAGCGACUUGGAAGAGGGUGUAAGAGGGGACAGAGAGAGAAACGAAGGUAACGGAGGAGUAGAUGUUGUAUUUGCGACAACAUAUCGGCACCUAGAUCGUGCAAUUGGUAGUCAGUCGAUGCUCAAAGUCAUCUACAUAAGGUCCGCUGGCUGCUUGACUUUCCAAUCAGGGAGCUUGCGCGUCGUCGCGAACGAUCGGCUACACAAAUGUAUAGUCGUUCUCUUCGAUCCGUGCCCGUCAACUGUGGUCCGUGAUGAUAAAUAAAAUGGUACAUCCAUAGUUCUCUAUCUCCCGCAUCCCCGUGCAAGAAGAGAACAGGGAAGAGGAAAAAUAAGGAGGCGAGGGCCGCACCGAGCUCCGUUGAGCAUCCGGGAUACUUUAUGAGCGGUGAAGGAACAAAUCGAACGCCGAAGCAGAGCGGCGACAGACGUGAACAAUUGCUCUCGUAGGGCCGAGUGCAGGUUCGACACGUGAAAGCUGACGAGAAAUUGUCGAGUCCCUGCGUUUGAUAAUGUCAUUCAAGAUUGGGAAGGCAAUGAAAGUCAACGAGAGCGGGAACUAUAACUUCCGCCGGGCUACAGCGACGAAAAUUUGUCACAUCGAGAUCGAAUCGAGCCAAUCGUGCUACUGAAGGACUUCGCUAUGCUCAGAAAGAGGGUCUUCGAUAAAUCAGCGAAUCAUGUACGGGUUAAUCCUGGAAAAUAUGUCCGAGUAUAUAAAGCAAGUGUACGGCGAAGAUCGUUGGGAGGAAAUUCGACGGCAGGCGGCGGUCGAGCAGCCAAGUUUCAGCGUUCAUCAGGUUUACCCUGAAAACCUGAUACCCCGUUUGGCCAAAAAGGCGAUUCAGGUACUGGGGAUAACGGAGAAGGAGUUCUUCGACCAGAUGGGCGUCCAUUUCGUUGGAUUCGUCGGCCAGUACGGCUACGAUCGAGUCUUGUCCGUCCUCGGUCGCCACGUGCGGGACUUUCUCAACGGUCUCGACAAUCUUCACGAGUACCUAAAAUUUUCUUACCCCAGAAUGCGAGCGCCGUCGUUCAUCUGCGAGAACGAAACGCGCCACGGACUGACUCUGCACUACCGGAGCAAGAGGCGGGGAUUCGUCUACUACACCAUGGGUCAGAUCCGCGAGGUCGCGCGGCAUUUCUAUCACAAAGAAAUGAGGAUCGAACUGGUGCGCGAGGAGGUGCUGUUCGAUACCGUGCACGUCACCUUCAACCUGACGUUCGACAAUCGGGCCUUCACCUUCGCCUCACUCGCCAUGACGCGGGAAGAGAAACACCUGCCCAUCGGGGCGUCCGUCCUCUUCGAGAUAUUCCCGUUCUGCAUCGUCUUCGGGUCGGACAUGGUCGUCAGGAGCAUCGGGAACUCCCUCAUGGUCAUCCUGCCGGAACUUCUCGGCAAAAAGAUCACGCACUGGUUCGACCUAGUCAGACCGCUGAUCGCGUUCAAAUUUCAAACCAUACUGAACCGGACCAACAACAUAUUCGAAUUGGUGACGGUUGAACCGGUGCUGACCGAGCGACCGGCCGAUCGCAAGCGGAGCGAAAUCAUCCUCAGCGACGAGAUGGACAACCCGACGGACAAGACGCUCAGAUUGAAAGGUCAGAUGAUUUACAUGGACAACUGGCGGAUGAUGAUGUACCUCGGUACUCCCGUGAUGCCGGAUCUCAACGCGCUGAUAACGACCGGGCUCUACAUAAACGAUUUGUCGAUGCACGACUUCAGCAGAGAUCUGAUGCUCGCCGGGACCCAACAGUCGGUCGAACUCAAGCUGGCGCUCGAUCAAGAACAACUCAAGAGCAAAAAGCUCGAGGAAUCCAUGAGGAGGCUCGACGCGGAGAUGAAACGGACCGACGAACUGCUCUACCAGAUGAUACCGAAACAAGUCGCCGACCGACUUCGGAACGGCGAAAGCCCCAUAGACACCUGCGAGAUGUUCGACACCGUCUCGAUACUUUUUUCCGACGUCGUGACUUUCACCGAAAUCUGCAGCCGUAUCACGCCGAUGAAAGUCGUGUCGAUGCUGAACGCCAUGUACUCGAUAUUUGACACGCUUACGGAGCGGAAUCGCGUCUACAAGGUCGAAACUAUCGGGGACGCUUACAUGGUGGUCUCCGGCGCCCCGGACAAGGAACGCGAUCACGCCGAUCGCGUGUGCGACAUGGCCCUCGACAUGGUCGAGGCGAUAACGGACCUCAAGGAUCCGUCGACAGGGAAUCAUCUGCAAAUUCGGGUCGGUGUGCACAGCGGGGCGGUGGUGGCCGGGAUCGUCGGCUUGAAAAUGCCGCGAUAUUGUCUGUUCGGAGAUUCCGUCAACACCGCCUCGCGGAUGGAAGCGACCAGCGAGGCGAUGCAGAUUCACAUCUCCCAGCCCACCAAAGAGUUGCUCUCCUCCUCCUACAAGGUCGCCGAAAGGGGUCAGAUCCAGGUCAAGGGUAAAGGAAUGAUGAAGACCUACUGGCUGGAGAAGCGGGAGGAGCGAUCUCACCUGACGAAGGGGAUCACGAUCCACGAACCCCCCCAGUGGCACAACAGGGCCGUGGAGAAACGCGUGUCGAUCGGCGCGGCGGGUUCGGUCGCCCGCGGCGAACGCAGGGCGGAGAGUGCGUCGGUGUCGACGCGGACCUCCGGAGUUUCCUCGCCCGCACCCCCGCCGACUUCGGCCACCGGCAUUCUCUCCGAAGACAGACGCACCUACUCGCCCAUCACCUUCCAGGACGUCGCGCGUCGCUCGGUGGCCAACUCUCCGAUAAAGAGCGUCGACUUGAAAGGAUCUCGCUCGAAUUCCGUUGGCGCCGUGUCGGCGAUCGUGCGGAAUCCCGCCGACCUUUUCGGAUCUCUUCUUAGCGACACGGAGGAGCAUUUCCGGUUGCACAGGGACAGCGUGAGAUCACCGCAGUUCCGCAACGUCGACACCAGGUCAUUGGCAUCCUGCAAGGGAAACUGGCGCGAAGAGCGGCGAGGGAAAAUCAGGGAGGACGAAGAGCCGAACAACCGGGACGGGUCGGGCGGACCGUCCAACGCCGAUUACGAGCCCGCGGAGGCAUCCGUAGUCACCGGCAUCCCUAGCUGCGAGUUUUCGUUGGCCGCGGACCCCGACACCCGGGAGAAUCGGCAUUUUCCCAUCUACCAGGACCACUGCUGCCCCGGAUUCGCUAUUGCGAAAAGCGGAAAACCGCGACACCAGAGCAACGCCUGCAACAUCGUAUAAAUCGCGCGCAAUCGCGCCGGAGUCGUUCGCUCGACGUCGAUGUUGCGACGAUCGGUGGACACACCUCCUGGUUGAGCGUGCCGAUAACAAUAACCGGUACGCGCGUAUACACGUGUACAGUACAGUACAGCACGGUACGGUACGGUACAGUAUAGUAUAGUAUAGUGUAGUGUAGUACAGGCAUACCGCACCACGAUCGAGGUAAACAACGCUACGUGGGCAGGCGUUUCGACGAACGACCCCUAAAGUCCGUGGUGAGCGGUCGGUGCGCGUUACUCUCUAUGUAACAUAUAUAGCAUAUACUCUGUAAUAAGUGUACAUUAUACGUAGCUAUUAAAUAUAACUGUACGAGAUUCCUUUUCUUCGCUCGGGUGGACGAGUGUUUUUCGAAUUUCCGCGCUUUGGUCGUUGAAUGUUUGAAAUUAAUAAUCACUAUACCUGCAUAGCUAUACAAUAGGUGAAAUGUAUCGAAAUCGAUGAUAAAGGUCUAUUUAACGCACCGAUAAUCGCCCGUUUCUCAUCGCUUCACAUAUUCACCCCCAAGGUCACGGUCGCUCGCAACGGUAAUACCAAUAACAUAUCUAUGGUAAUACCGUGUGUGCGUUUGUACGUAUUGCGAAGGAUUACGAAGAAACAACAACACGUCGCAUCGUACGCACGUACACAAUGUCGCAGGGGUACACCUGUACUUGUACACCGAUGUAUACGUUCGCCGAGUGAAAAUAAAUACCGAUUGUAUUUCUCGA